AAUGUACCCACGGGUACUGUACCCAAGCCUUCCAGAUGUUUUCCCAAUACCUGUCGCGCCGACAACCGGUGCCCUCAAAGAGCACACCGGCGAGGGAUAGGUCGCCACUACGAGAGCAGCAAAGCCACGGGUCGGCUAUACCGGCCACAAAUAGGGCGACAUUAGAUACGGAACCAAUGGUAAGCGCAACAGAAUCUGAGCUCUGGAAGCAAACGCAGGCCUUAGCGCUGGAGAGAGAGCAGCGAUUGGUAUCGGAGCGCAAAUUCGGGGCCAUAAUACGCGAUUUGACCACUAAAGUGGAUGAGACCGGUAAACAAUUGGCCGCUGAGCGCCACCUUUGCCAACAACGGGCGCAAUACAUCCGGACGUUGGCCGCCAAGAGAGACAAGGCGUGCGCCGACAGGUCUGAUAUUAACGCCAAACUGGUGGCCGCCGACAGGUCUAGGGAUGUGUUUGAGCACAAGUAUAACGAGCUGAAGAGGACGGCCGACAACGAGUUGGAUAAUGAGCGCAAACGUGCCGAACAUCUCGCGCAACAGAUGGUGGCCCUCGCCGUCGAGAAAGACAAUGCAUUAAAGGCUGUGCGCAAUGAAUAUAACGUCAAACUCGUGGCCGCGGAGACCGCUAGGGCUCAGCUCCAGGAUAUGUACAGAACAUCUGUCGACAAGUAUAAUGAGCUGAAGGUUAGCUCCGGCGGGGAACUGAUGGCCAGUCGCCAGCGCGUGGCCCAACUCGAGGCCCAACAGAAGCCGAUGGAUACUGAGUUCGCGGCACUCAUGCGACGGAAGAAACACUAUAAGGAAGAGUCGGAAAUGUGUAAAGCGCUACUUAAUCGACUGAAGUAUGUCCUCAAACAACGACACAAUUGGCACUUAUAUACUGACAAUCGUAUGGCGAAAGCCGUCCAACACAACGGCCAGGCAAUGAUCGACGCGAUCGAGUCGGCGGUGUUGGAGGUGUUGGCCCACAAGCGUCAGGACUGGCGCGCAGAGAGCGAAGUGAUCGCCGCCGACGGCUCGCGACAAAAGUGCGCUCAGAAUGAGAUCAUCGAUCGCAACGCCGACCGUAUGCUCGCAAAGCCGGGCCAAAAAAUCCUGUGCCCGCAGUGUCCAAAAUCAUAUGCCUUUAAUAGUUGGCAUUGUCUGGCAAAACACGUGGCCGCCCGACACCCGUUCCCAACACAGGCCACCACUGGCCUACCCAUCGAUACCAGCGCUUCCACCUCUUCGUCGGUUGUGUCCAACACUUAUGGCUCAACUCCCGGUCCGUCGACCCGAUCGCAGACCUUUAAUACUUAUCAA